AUGGGGGAUUUGAGCUCGUACUCGGAGGGCGAAGCUUUCAUCGAGGGCGCCCUGGUCAAUGGCAUUAGCUCUGCAACAUCUUCGCAACAAUUUUAUCCGACAUCGAAAUCUCAGGCCUUCUCAGCCGACGUUCUUAUCGUUGGUGGUGGACUAGGCGGAGUUGCUGCUGCCCUUGGGGCUUUACGCAGAGGCCGCCGCGUCUUCUUGACUGAGGAGUAUGAGUGGUUGGGUGGGCAGCUGACAAGCCAAGCCGUACCUCCGGAUGAGCAUUGCUGGGUCGAGCAAUUUGGCGUCACUCGAUCGUAUCGAGCAUUGCGCGAUGGGAUCCGCCAGUUCUAUCGGGACCAUUAUCCUCUAACAAACGAGGCGAGACGAAGGCAGCAGCUUAACCCAGGCGCUGGUCAUGUUAGCAAGCUAUGCCAUGAGCCUCGCGUUGCAGUGGCCGUCAUCGACGCUAUGCUCAUGCCAUAUAUAGGCAGCGGGAAACUUGUAAUCAAGAAGCGUACGAAACCUGUCUCGUGUGAGAUGGAUGAGCAAGGAACCGUUCGCUGUGUGGCAUUCCGACAACUCGACAAUCAAGGCACAUUUAUCGUUCACGCCAAAUAUGUCAUUGACGCCACGGAGCUUGGAGAUUUGCUGCCCAUGAGCAACACUCCAUACGUGACCGGAUUUGAGUCUCGUAAGGACACCGGGGAGCCUAGUGCACCUGAGGAGGCGCAACCACACAACUCCCAGGCAGUCUCCAUCUGCUUCGCAGUCGACCACAUUGACGGAGAGAAUCAUACGAUUCCGAAGCCUUCGAAUUAUGAUUUCUGGCGCAAGCACCAUCCAGAGUUCUGGGGUGCGCCGCUACUCAGCCUGAAAGCGCCUCAUCCACGAACGCUAGAGAUUGUUGAACGGGAGUUCACUCCGAACCCCAAUGAUGACCCAGCCUUGAUUUUCGCAGAUCAGCGGAAAUCAGGUGGAGAUAUGAAUCUCUGGACUUUCCGCCGUAUUGCAGCACGCGACAAUUUCGCACCUGGCGCCUAUCAAUCUGAUGUGUGUCUGGUCAACUGGCCAAUGAUUGACUACUUCGAGAAACCCAUUAUCGACGUCAAAGAACAUGAGCUUGAAGAACGUCUCAGUGACGCCGCUUCCUUAUCGUACAGUAUGCUGUACUAUCUGCAGACGGAGUGUCCCAGAGCAGAUGGACGCGGCAAAGGCUACCCUGGGCUACGACUACGAGGCGAUAUCAUGGGCACAGAACACGGACUAGCAAUGGCGCCCUAUAUUCGAGAAUCGCGCCGUAUCAAAGCUGUCACUACAAUUGUUGAACAGGAUCUCUCCUUGGAUAUUCGUGGCGACCAAGGAGCAAUACAUUAUCCCGACAGCGUGGGAAUCGGUAUGUACCGCAUCGAUCUUCAUCCGUCUACUGGCGGCGACAACUAUAUCGAUGUUGCAUGCUGUCCAUUCCAGAUUCCACUGGGCGCUUUGAUCCCACUGGAACGCCCUAACUUGCUUGCGGGCUGCAAGAACAUUGGGACAACGCACAUUACCAAUGGUUGUUAUAGGCUCCACCCUGUCGAAUGGAAUAUUGGCGAGGCGGCAGGCUUGUUGGCAGCCCACUGCCUGGAUACAGGGCUCACGCCGCACCAAGUACAGGCAAAUACGGAAUUAUUCGGGAAGUUCUCUAAGAUACUACUUUAUGAAGGCGUUGAAAUGGCAUGGCCUGAUAUUUCGGGAUACUGA